AAUGUCAAAUGUUGCAUUUUUGACUAGUAUUGAAGAUACUAACCCUAAUAAUAUCAAUUCUUUUACACUGUGCAAUCAAGGUUCAGUUGGAUCAAUGCAAUCUCUAACUGUUGAUUGUUUGAAUGGACCGCAAUAUUCCAAAUUGACUGUUGUUAAACUUGAAUCUGUCAAUAAGAAAUUAACUAUAUCUGAAAUUGAAAUUUGGACAAUGAGAGAUAUUGAUAGGAAUAAACUCAAUGUCUUACCACUAAUUGUCAAUGAACAAACCGGGAAUGAUGGUCAAAGUUUCUCCUCUUGGGAGGAUCCAUUCUGUUCAUGGACAGGUUCAAUUGUUCCAAGUUGGUGGGUAAUAGACUUGGAAAUAGAGAGUGAAAUAUAUGCUGUGUCAUUGGUAAAUAGAAAUUACGCUCUUGAACGUCUAAGUCAAUCAAAAAUAAUAAUAUCAAAUAAUGUUUUAACGAAUCCUCCUUGGCAACCCGAAAUAUUAUGUAACACAAUAGAUGACGCUACUUUAUACAUGACCAGACGUUGUCCUAAAUAUACAAUUGGUAGAUAUCUUGCUCUGUUCAAGCCAUCUUAUGUUUCAUCUUCUGGUAAUGGAUUGACUAUAUGUGAAAUUGAAAUAUUUGGGUCAACUUUGAAUGAUACAGCUCAAUUUACUUGGAUAAUAAAUUCUUCAUCUUCUACAAUUCAAAUAAAUUCUAGAAUGUUGUGUAACAAUCAGAAUGUCCAAUCAAUUGAAAUUACUCAAUAUAAGAGUAAAAUUGUAUUGGUAGAAGUAAAAGGUAUUCUUCUUUCGAAAUCUUGCAAAAAUGAUGCUGUAAAAUUGAUUGCAUCUCGGGGAAACAAUAUGGAGGAAUGCCAAUUGGAAGGUACUUUAGAUGGAUACUACUCUCAGUAUGAUAUUUUGUGA